UUCGUUUCAUUGAUGUAGUAAAAAUUUCAGUUGGUUAAAUACAACCGUUCAAAAGUUAAGGGGGCUCUGAACUUUUUGCGCACCUUGUAUAAAAUUAAGUCCAGACACAUGCAGAUUCAAAUUUUCCCUUUAUUUGACAAAUAUUUAUGCGAUUUGUUUAAAAGUUUUUGAAAUACCGUGAAAACUCUCCGCUUCGGCCAUUCUGCGCGGCCUUUGCUUAACCACGCUAAUUGAAUUCGAAAGAGCCUCGGCAGUGCCGCGCAAACGCCAACCAAUAGCGGCCAUUCUCGUAUCAACCAAUCACAAUAGCCGGCUCGCACAACUGUUCCCGCGUCCCGGCUUCUAGAAGUUUGUUUGUUAGUUUGUUAGUUUGGUGAUUAGGCCCUCAAUUAAGUGCGGUGUUUAAUUCAAACGUGUAUUAAGUGUGGUGUCUCUUAAUCCAAAUUACUUCACAGUUUCGUUUCACAUCUCACAAUGCCGGUCUCCAGGUCAAGAGGACUAGUGAGGCGAGGGCGUGCCCUGCACAGUCGUUAUAUGAACAGAACAUGCAACGUUCCUCUUGACAAAUUCAACCUAGAAAGUUCAGUCACCAAAAGAUGCAAUCCAUUUAAACAAGUAAAAGCGAUGAGUGGACAAAAAUCUAGCUCAAAAGAAGCAUCUUUCAGAGGAGUCCUUAAGGAGCUUAACUCACUUGUUGAUAAUUCUGACUUAGUUGAAGAGAUCGAAUCUCCUACUCCUGUAAAAUCUUCAUCUCCUACUCAAAAUGAGAAUCUUGCCGAGAAAUCUUCAUCUCCUACUCAAAAGGAGAAUCUUGCCGACCCUUUUAAAUGCUUCAUGGUAAAUCCCCAAGAAAAAUCCAACAAUAAAGAGAUAAAAUCGAUCAGUGCUGAAUCAUCGCCUGAUGUAUCGUUGGCUAUUCCACUAGAUAACAAUCUUGGUUCCUCUUCUCUCAAAGGAAGAUGCAGCGCCUCUGGUACCUAUGGAGUACAAGCCCACACUCUCCAGUGAUUCAACAAGAGAUAAGCUUCUUCAAUUAAACGGUCACCUUACUGCUUGAAGUAAAAAGCGAGAGGCGACACAAUUACCAAGAAUUCACUCUUUAGCCAAAUAUUUUUCAAGUCUUUGCUCUUAGUCCAAUCAAUUUUCUUCUCAGUGUAGUGCCCAAGGAGAAAAAAACUUCGAGCAUUAGACGAAAAGUUCAGGCCUUGUGAAUAUCUAAAGUUUUUCAAAUAGUGGGUCCGAGAAAUUGAAGUCCAGCUGCCGCAAAUUGAACCAUACAUCUGAAGUACUUCGGUGUAGAAUUGUAAUACCGCAGUAUCUCCAUAGUACUUUAGAUGUGUGUGAUCAUCUCAAGUUUCCGGAUGCAAAAUCUGAAGACUUUACAUAUCUUAUGACCUGAAUUUCGGGUCUCACGCUUGAAG